UCAGUAGUAGGAGGGUAAUCUUAGAUAUCCAAUAGCAAGAUUUGUUCUUGAGAAGGCUAUGAAUAUGUUAUUGAUCCCGCUGCUCGGCUUAGAAGUGGGUUAUCAAUUCUCCAUGUAGCUGCCGAAAUGGACUACCAUUGCACUCCGGACCCGUACAAGAGAGGAACCAGAUAUUACAUCGACCACUACGUUUUUCUAUGGGAAGUGACCGAGGAGGAGUUUGUUGGCCAUUACCAGUGGAAAGACUUGGCCAAAAUUGCGAACUGGUAUAAUGGGGUCAUUAUGCCAGCAUUCAGUAGAUUCAGUGGAAGAAGGAGACCUGAGUCCGCUCUUACCUGUGUAUCGGCAUUCGACAUGCCAACGAUGAUGGAGGAUCUUCCUGCAAGCACGCUUGGUUGCUUGCCUAUUCAGGCAAGCCAAGCGCCUCUCUAUAAACCUUCACAAAUUAAGUACAAACCAAGCGGGUUCCUCUAAAUUAGCAAUCAAGCGUAACAAGCAAGCAUGCAAGCACGCUUGCUUGUUCCCAAGUAUGUAUACAACACCUUAAUUGAGUUUUUGAUUACGAGAGACCGGGUGUUUGGUUUCCUUUCAUCUUAACUUAGGCUCAAGCAAGCUUCCGGGAUCGGGAAUAUCAUGUAGCCCAUAGAUACAGUACACUCUCAUGCACUUGCAGCUUCCGGUUUCU